AUGGCGUUUACGUACAUAACAAUUAUUCUGCUAACACUUGGACUUUGUGAAGCAACCUACAAGAUUUGCCCAGCUAACUCAGUUAACAGUACUCACAGUACUUUUGGUGCAGUCAACAACGUUCAACGAGGCGUAUGGCACCAACUAGCUUGCCGAUCCUUCCGUCCCGACGAGGCCAUCAGUCGAGUCAUUUGGUACAAGAAUGACAGUUCUAAUACUUCUCCACAACUUUUGAUCACUUACGGAUAUGAAGCAGACUUACCCGAGAGCGACAGGUACGCGUUCGGGACGUCUGGUUUCAGCCUCGUCAUCAAAGGUGUAGAGGACAGUGAUGAAGGAGGGUAUCUCUGUCAAGUCGUACCACGUGACACCAAAGACCGACUUGACCAAAUCGUAAUCCGAGUAAUAGGCGACACAUUUCCAGGAGGCAGUAGUCAGGCAUCUUCCACUGCUGUUUUACAACGAGGACUCAGACAGACGCUACCGUGUGAGUGCGCGUCACAGACACCAGACGUAGUGUAUUGGUCAACGGGAGAGGGCGUCACUACAGAUACACAGAUCAUUGGUGCCCGUUUCUCUGAUGGUGCUACCCUGCAGAUCCAACAUGGUGCCGAUUACAGCUUUGGUGGCGACGCUUCAUUUACAGUGAACUCCCUGAAUGACGUACAAGAUACACAGAUAUUCUGGUGUCACGUGUUCCAAUCAGAUGGUUCUCUCAGAAAUUGCCUCACCGAUGUCCAGGUAUCAGAUGAGGUGGAAUCAGCUGGUGAUGCACUAAAGGCCUCAGAAAGAUCUUUUUACCUGCGAAACGACACGCAGCAGAUACUCCCUUGCCUGAGCUGGACACCUGGCAACACAGCUUGUGCGGUGGAGUGGAGUAAGCUCGACAACCCAGAUCGACAAGUCCUCAGUUACAACCUGUCGACUGGUGUCGUCGAUUCUAGUCCUGAAUUCGAUCUCGCCAGUGACUUUGGUUUGGUGAUUCAGUCAGGUGAUGAUGACCAUGCUGGAGUGUAUCGAUGUGCUGUGGGAGAUGAAAACCAGAUAGAUGUUGAAGUCCGAGUGAUAGGGGAUCGCUUUCCACUGGACGGAGGUAGCGCUAAAGAAGGUGACAGCGUGACCAUUAAACCUGAAACUAGAUUUUCUCUUCAAUGUCCGGCUCUCUCAGACAUCUCCUUGACAACAAAGGCAACUUUGUUCUGGUCCUUUGGCGCCAAUGAUGCAGAGUCUACCACUGUGAUCGGCACACUGAAUCUACCAGAUGGUCUCAAGAAGAUGUAUGAUCUUGGAAAGGACUGCCUCGGCAUAUCAAUGGAGGGCGCUCUGCUCUUUAAUAACUGUUCCCAAGAUGACGAUGUCAGAUACUGGUGUCAUGUCUUCCCUGCGAAUGAUAAUCUGAUCAGGUCAUAUGUGGAUGUGUUGAAAGAGAGUAAGUUUAUGCCUUCCAUGAAGUCACAUCUUGGAUCGUCCACUCUCAUCGUCAUCGCUAUUUGCGUGCCUUUUUUCGUCAUCGUUCUUCUUGGGAUUGUUCUUUUCCUGAUCUGUAAGUGGCGUCGACAGUCUUCCCAUUCUAGAGAAGACAAGGAGAAAGGUGAUUACAAACGACUGCAUAAGCAAGAAUCCGUCCCGGAGUUUGAUUUGAAGACGCUUGCCAAGAAGAUCAAAGCGUUUGUGAUCAGCAAAAUGGGCAGAAUUCCUAUCACACUGUGGGUUGACGGGGACGAUGCUCUCUCUGCACCAAUAGAUACAGUCUACAAAGCCUUGGAGAUGUUCGUCAUUGUCUCCCACGGAGGUAUCACUGUAAAGUAUCGAUUAGACUCAGAGUCUGGUAUCUUUGAUGAUGGUAUUCCAGAAUUGGCCAGUAGGCAUGCUAUAAUACAAGGUAGACGGGGUUGUGGUAAGACUACGUUUUUGUACAGACUGAUAUACGACUGGGCCUCGGGAAGGGAAGGUGCACUGUGGGGUAGUGAUCAGAUAGUUGUUCUUGUCCCAGCUAGGUUGCUUAUUAAGGCUAAAACCAUCGGUGAAGCAGUCGUUGAAUUCAUGCUUCAAAAAGACGCACACAUUUCGGCCGAAUCUAUUAAUGCACAUUUCGCACGAGACAAAAGCAACCUGACAAUUUUGGUAGAUGACUGUAAUUACCAGCACGAGAUUGACGCUGUCAUGAAAGUAAUGACAGACAACAAAUUUCUAGGCUGUCAAUUAGCUUUGACCACUAGAAACGCAAAGCUGGCAAAAGGUGCAUCACGAAAACAAAAAAUGCGCCAUGUCACCAUUACCGGCUUUACGCUCAGUAACGCUAUUGAAUACAUCAAUGUAGUUUUGGAUGAUGCUGAAGACAGAAAGAAAAGUCCUCCUGAGCGCAAGUCAGUCAAAAGUGACGCUGAACGAGAAUCAGGCUCGACUGUGGACACAAACAUCCAGCAAAAUUUGCCCAAGACAGGAGAGUCUCCAACAGUGUCAGCUCCUCCAGAAACACAUGAAAGCCCUGUCACUGGUACAAAUCGUGAGAAGACAGAAGCACUUGAGACAACUAGACCAAGGAAACGCCGAAAUCUCCAUCGAUAUCUAGGACAGGAAAUUCUUCAACCGGAUAUUUUGGGCCUUCCAGCCGUCUUGGUAGCUCUGUGUCAAAUGUCAAUCUGGACGAAAGAAGAUGCUUUCAAGCAUGACAUUACCAUGGCAAAUAUGUUUUUCAGAUUGGUCAAGUGCAUGUUCGACAGGAACGAAGGUCUAGAGGUAGGUGUCACUGAGGGAAAUCAACUCAGUCUGCUCACGAAAGAGCAACAAAACGUACUGGCAGAGCUUGGUAAAGUGCAUUAUAAUUAUUCAAGACCCGUUGACAAUUACGACUUCUUGAGUUCGCCAGAGAAGACACAAAACGCCUUGAAAGUUGCAAAACAAGUCGGAAUUCUUCUUCCAUUUCAGGUUGAGACCAAGGUUAAAUCUACGGAACACAAUACUGAGGCAGGUUUAUCAGAAGUUGAGAUAAGGACAGGGUUUCUAUUUUGUAAGCGGAAGCAAACUCAACAAAAUGUGGCUGAACGAGUUCCGAUAGCGCAGGAUACAGAGCUCACCCCUCUGACAAGUCCUAAGGAUAAACAGGUUUGUUUUGUGUUGGAGAUUAUUGAGCAGCUAUGUGUUGCUGUGUUUAUCACUCAGACCAGAGGACAAGUGACUGGCCUUGAGGAGAUUCUCCAGAGAUUUUCAAAUGUAUUCCAGUUUGCUAUUCAGGAUAAUCAGUGUGAAAGAGAAGUUCUUCUUAAUUGUUGUGCGAAUAUCAUCAACAAGGGACCCAGUCAGGUCAGACCCCUCCACGAAGUGCUGCAUUUACAGAAGUCUAUUGAGUUGUGUCUCCAGCUGAAUUUUGAGGGGCAGUGCGAAGGCGCCUUAAAUAAGAAGCUGCAAUCGAUCAUUCCUGACGAGAGGGUCCGCUUAAUUGGAAUAUCAAGUUACAAACUGCGUCUGGUGUUGUACCUAUUCCAACAUGCUCAGCCAGACGAUAAGAGCAAGCUGAAUGUAAAGUCAGUUGAAUUGCUUCGAAUUGGUCAAUAUGACUGGUCAGAAAAGGGAUCGGAAAAGAAGACUACAGUUCAAACAGAAACUGAAGACAGUCAGACAGCUACAACUGUAAUCCACGAGGGAACAGUCAGAGCAUCACAGGAGGAAACAAAGAAACUCCCAAACCAUCCACUUGUAAAUCAUCUACCCGAAUCUGAAGAUGACAAUGAGGCGCAGGAGGCGGUUAAAUCCAGCAAAACCGAGCCUCAACUAGACUCAGGAGAUCAACCCAACCUUUUACAACCCAAGUUGGGUGCCUCACCAACUGAGGAUGAUGGUAAUGAAUAUAAAUCUAUAGACUCGUCAGUAGAUGAAGGUAUUGCAUCUUCUUUUGAUGUAAUUGAUAGUAAGAAGGAUCUGCCUGUACCCAAAAAGCUGCGUGAGAGAAUAGAAUCCAGCAACAAAGACAUGCCCCAGUUUCCUCCUGACCAGUCAGACAUCAGUGUCCUCCACACUGUGCAGUCUUUUGGUCUACAGGAGAUCUUAGAUUCACAGGCAGGGGAGUGCUACUCAUCGGGUGCAGCAAGUGACUUGGCUCGCUACCUUCCUCGUCUGGUAAAGCUGGAGAGUCUGGUUUUGGUUGGGACGAUUUUGAGUUCAGACGCUAUUUGCGAAUUGGCGAAAAGUGCUCACAAACUCACAAAUCUAAAAAAACUGGAUCUCCGUCUGAAUAAGCAGUUCAAUGACAGAGCCUUUGUGACGGUAACAGAUUUACUGCUAUGUAAGUGCAGAAAAUUGACGGAUCUCAGACUUUCUCUGUACAGAGUAACUAUUAAAGGGUUUGAUAAGGUUCAGACAGAAAUGAAGGGUAGAGAGUUGUUUUGGAAAAGAUUGAAGACACUGUAUCUGCUGCAUGGAUCACCUGCUGAGAAAUUUGUAGGAUUCCUCAGCAACAGCGUAAAAUACUUCCACUGUGUUGAAUGUUUUCAUCUCUCAGCCACUGAUAAAAGUGAAGAAAUACAGGACAAAAUUCAGGGGGAGUUCGAACAAAAUGUGACAAAUCCAAGAAUAAUGCCACACCUUGAAGACCUCGAUAUCGGCAACAUGGAGACACUGAAGGCAAGACUGGCGUCCUUAAAACUCCCUAAGAAGGAGAAGGGAUCCGUCAUCUCGAAUUUGUUUGGGACAACCGUCACUGACCUGGGGAAAAAGACAGUAUAA